AAGCGCGGCACCAGAAAAGUUACUGCAGGGCUAAAUUGUCUUUUUUCUUCAUAGUGACGUUACUUUGUGAUCUUUCGAUGUCGGCUCUUCCUACCAUUGUGAGACUGGAACGUUAGCUGGGGUCAGAACGUUGUGAGACAAAUUAGACAGAUGAUAAUAAUUUCGCGAUAGUAAUAUUCCAAAUCAUGGCUAAGCUAGGGCUACUCCCGGCUGGCAUUGGUUGAGAGGCAAGCAGUGACGUGGAGGUGAGGUUUGUGGUUGGUGUGGCACUGGUUUUAAUUGCACUUAUACUUGAGCUACUUUCUCUCCACCCCCACCACACGCAUACACGCACACACAUACAUCAGUGCAGUGAAAUAUGAUCAGUGCAGCAGUUAAGACACAAGCUUGGAGUGGAACAACUCUUUUCGGUUGAGGGAUGCUCUGCACAAACACAAAGGAAGGGGGUUUCCAUGCACUGGGUGGUAAUUAUCAUCCCUUUUCGAGAAGACUAAGAAAUCUGCCACAUCACACACUAGUGUCAAGCAGUCUGCAGCGUAAAAACAUGCUUUUUGGACUUUUGGGGCUGUUUCUGGCUUUGACGAAAAGUUGUUUUUGCGCACCGCAACAAACCUGCCAUCCUGGAGACGAGUUUUUAGGAAGAUGCAGCAACAGUGUGCCUGAAGAAAAACCUACUUGCACGGAUCUGCACCUGAGCUACUGUCAUGAUGUAGGAUACUCUAGAACCAUAUUCCCCAACAUCCUUGGGCACCGGACUCGUUUUGAAGCGGAAUCAGGGGCAGAGUAUCUUCUCCUGAGUGUCAUCCACGGGCUCCUCAAUGGAGAGUGUUCCCCUGAAAUACGUCUCGUGGGCUGCUCGGUGCUUGCAUCGCCCUGUAAGGAUAACAAAAUGAUCAAGCCGUGUCGCAGCACAUGUGAGGCCCUGAGAAGGGACUGUUCUCACGCGUUGGAGGCCAUAGAAAUGGCCUGGCCUUACUUCCUGGACUGUGAUCGCUUCUUUGCAAGCGACCAAGAGGGCUGCUUUGACCCACUUGCGGCGCUGAAAGCCAGGCAGGAGCUAACGAGGUCCAGCCUUUCACCUGAAGAACCCAGCACCAUCAUCCAGUUCACAUACACGUCCAACACUCAGAUGUACAGCUUACUGAAGAGAACGGCGGCCAAGUGCUCUCACAUCGCUCAUGUUUACAGCAUUGGCCGUAGCACUGAGGGACGAGAUUUACUGGUGAUGGAGUUCACCAACAAUCCAGGACAGCAUGAACUGUUGGAGCCAGAAGUGAAGCUCAUAGGCAACAUGCACGGCAACGAAGUACUGGGCCGCCAGUUGCUCAUCUACCUGGCCCAAUACCUGUGUUCAGAGUACAACUUGGGGAACCAGCGAGUUCAAGCCCUCAUCAACACCACCCGCAUCCACAUCCUGGCCUCCAUGAACCCAGACGGCUACGAGCUGGCCGCCGCAGAGGUAGAGGAUAACAAUGACCCGGAGCUCAUCAACCAGGAAGGUCACUUACUGAACGGUUGGACAAAUGGUCGCACAAACGCCCAGAACAUUGACCUGAACCGCAACUUUCCUGACCUCACAUCUGUCUUCUACCGGAACCGUCGCAGCAGGCACUACCGCACUGACCACAUCCCGAUUCCCGAUGCCUAUUGGUUUGGGAAGGUGGCACCAGAGACCUUCGCAGUCAUGAAGUGGACCAGGUCACUCCCCUUCGUUCAGUCUGCCAGCCUCCAUGGAGGUGAACUGGUGGUCUCCUACCCCUUUGACUUCUCCAGACACCUUCACGAGGAGAAGAUGUUCUCACCCACGGCAGAUGAACGGGUGUUUAAGCAGUUGGCUCGUACGUAUGCCGAUGCCCAUGCCACCAUGUCAAAUAAUGACACAGACCGAUGCGGAGCCAACUUUUACCGGACUAAGGGCAUCAUCAACGGGGCACUGUGGUAUAGUUUUGCUGGAGGCAUGUCAGACUUCAACUACCUGCACACAAAUUGUCUGGAGAUCACCGUGGAGCUCGGCUGUGACAAAUUCCCCUCAGAGGCUGAACUUUACCCAGAAUGGAAGAGGAACAAGGAAGCUUUGCUCAGUUUUAUUGAGUCUGUCCAUCGGGGGAUUAAAGGAGUUGUAAAAGACGUUGACGGCAAUGGGAUCCAAGGUGCCACCAUUUCUGUCAGGGGGAUUCGUAAAGAUGUCACCACAGCUGAAAGUGGAGACUACUGGCGGCUGCUGAUCCCCGGGACUCACAUCCUGACAGCCACAGCUAAAGGUUACUCCAGGGUCAGCAAGCGGGUUUAUCUGCCUCACAACCUCAACAAGGCUGGACGUGUCGACUUUGUUUUGAAGAAGGUUCCAGUGGAACCGGAUAUUGACGACCACUUCUUCCCCACGACGGACACGUGGGAUCGAUUUGACCCUUACAAUCAGUUUGAGCGCUACAGCGAGCCAGAUGUAGAUGACGGCGGCAUCGAGCGGCAGGAGAAACCCUGGUGGUGGAGCUACUUCUCCCAGUCUGGUAUCUCACCUCCAAACUGGCUCUUGCGAAAUGUCUGAAUUCACUUGAGGACAGAACAAACGUCACACUGCAAAGGGGGGCACAUUCUAUGGAUGCAUCAUUUUUCAUAUACACGUUACAAAUUUUACUGUCUACUAGUUACUGUCUGUUCUGUUUUUCUAUUUUAUCCCCAGAGGACAAUAAAGUAUUUUCUGGAAGUUUUACAAUAUUGAGCACAACUCCGAAACUCUAUUUUGUUACUAAUGAAGAACAGAUACGCUACAAUUGUUUUAUAUGUCGAAUA